GCUGGGAUGCUCCUCACCAUGACCCCCCUCACUCUCUUUGACAGGGAGACAUCCGGCUAGAAUCUUCUUUACCCCCUCCACCCCCAAACCUUAACCCGGUCUUGGGUGGGCGGGGAGUUGCAGCCCGGGGAUUCCCCUCGGCCCGGUGACGUCACCGGCGCUUGUUACAUUUCACUGUUGCCAGUUUCUCCUGUCACUUUCAGCCAUGGAGACUCCCAGCGAAGGCACAGACUGGAGGAAGCAUAUUAUCCGACAGCUCCAGCACCGAGAUCUCCGCCAGAAACUCCACUUCGAGGAUCUCAUUCACUCCUGUGAGCCUCUUGCUCUUCUCGCGCAGGCGGUCUUCGAUCUGAGCAAACAGCGCAAACACAGAGAAGUGGAACUCGAGGUCAGUCAGAACAGGUUGGUGGAGCUGGAGGUGAAGCUGUCUGAGUUGGAGGGAGAGCGGGACCGAUUGCUAGCACGAUUCGAAGAGGUGGAGGAAGCCAAUGGCAGGCUCAAAAAGGAGUAUGACAGCCUUCAGCAGCUUUACCGUUCACAGUGGGAACAACUCCUGAAGCAGGAGGUGGAGGGAACAGAACUGAUUCAGAGCAUGAUCGACAUCAAGGCUCAAGCAGCGAGAGAUCUCAAUUAUCGGAAUGAGAAGCCAAAGAGGGUCAAGGAGAAGAAUUUGGAGAAGGACUUGGCCAUUGUUUCCCGUGUCCCCAUCUCCUUAGACACAGAAGUCUUUCACCCAGUUCAGAAACUGUCACCCGAGGCAGUUAGUCACCAGGAGACCAAGAUCUUCAAACCAUUUCAGAGUUUUAGGUCAAGUUCUUUAAGCCUCCCACCCCACCCCAGACUCUUCCAGUCCUUUAAAGACCUUUUCAGGAAGCGGGCAAAUACAUCUUUCGUUGGAGUGGAUUGCAAUCCAACAAACUUCUGUUCGGUCGCAAGAGUCCCGGCUAGAGUUCGAUUCAGCUUGCAGGAAGCACAUGACGGUGAGGUUAAUGCUGUCAAGUUUUCUCCAAACUCCAAGAUCCUGGCGACUGGAGGCAGUGACAGGAAGGUGAAGUUAUGGGACAUUGUCGGAGAUACGUGGGCAAUAUCCAGGCUUUGGUUGGCAAGUGGCAAGUACAAUCAUGCCACACAUGCGCCAGACAAUGACAAUCCCCAGCAAGAGAAUCUAACCAUUGACCCUCUGCAUUCAAUGGCGUUCCCAUCAAGUGAAUAUCCCACUAUCACCUUGCUGCGGGUUAAUGUUGACCAGUCACCUGAUCAAACAGGAACAGCCAUCAAACACAGUGGCUACAAAGGUGUUAGUUCAAUCCCUCUCCCGUCUCGCUGCAGUGACAUCGUUUGCUCAGACUACCUCAUCAUUAGCGGACACUUUGACGAGAAGGUUCGCCUGUGGGAUUCGAGGUCUGGGAUGAAGACUGAUGAGAUCCCACUGCAGGGAAAAGUGACGUCUUUAGACAUUAACUCCGAACGGACCCAGUUACUCAGCUGUUCACGCGACGAUCUGCUAAAGGUGGUGGAUCUACGGAUGAACGAAACCAGGCAGGAGCUCAGAGCUGAAGGGUUUAAGUGUGGAGCUGAUUGGACCAAGGCAAUUUUCAGCCCCGAUGGGAGCUACGCUAUAGUGGGAUCAUCUGAUGGAGUUCUCUAUGUUUGGGACACCCUCACUGGGAAACUGGAGACUUCUUUGGUUGGACAACACAGAUCUUCCAUUAAUGCAGUUUCCUGGUCUUUAUCGGGAGAGUACGUGGUGAGCGUGGAUCGGUCAAGGUUGGCCAAUCUCUGGACUGACUGCUGACCCAGCCUCGCAGCAGUGACUCCAAAUUUUCCAUCGCCCUCAUGACCACCAUUCGAUCAGAAGGGAAAGCAUCGAGAGCUCGGGUUAUAGAAAUUUAACAUCGUAAGCAGGCAGAAGCUCCUGUCGAUAACCAACCCUUUGUCCGCACCACAACUCUCCCACGCAUACGUUAUAUUUUCAAGGAACCGGGAGUUGGAGAGGGGUGUCUAGUGAACGUAAAUACUACACAAAAGACUUCGCAAACAGAAAGAGGCCAAUUUACCUCCUGUAAAUGUCUCUGACCUCACGGGGAGAGGCAAAUUCAUACAGAGAAAGGAUGCCAGGGACUCCAGGAUGAGAUUGACUUCCAAACCAUUUCCCCAUGUCAGGGAUUUUGUUGGAAAUUUAGCAGUCGAUGGGAUGGGAUGGGUGUGGGAUAAUAAGGGAAUCAACUUGGAAUACUUUUGUCAACAAAUCUUGCCUGCAGCUGUGCAGCAAGUUACAGGAAGGGACACAAGGUCAUUAGGUUGCAGGGACAAAGACGUGCAAUAAAAACAGUACAUUCUGGAAACACUUAGCUAGUCAGGAUGCAUCUGUGGAGAAAAGGGACUCGACAGAAGAAUUACUUUUUGAUUGACUAAACCACAACUAGACGUAUCAGAAACAGAAGGGAUUGAAGUCAGUUACAAUGGUUAAGAUCAACUAGGAAUAUCGACUUUCUUGUCUUAUUUAGAGUCCCAUGGACACUGAACACAUUUUUGUCAUCAUUUGUUGGACACAAAAGAACAUGUUUUUUAAGUGAAAUGAAAUAUUUUUUAAAUUAUUGGAAUUUUUAAAACUCUUUCACAGAAUGUGGACAUCAUUGGCUGGGUCCGACAUU